AUGAAAAAAUUUAAGGAGAGAGCUUCUUACGCUGCGAGGUGGAGAGAAGAGUAGGUAAUGUGUGUUGUGGCUUUGGGCAGUGAGUCUGAGCAACAAAGAAAGAGAGAGAAGGGAACAAAAGGUUAUUCCAAAACGCAGCACGACACGUACUCCUUUGUCGUUUUGAUGAUUGUUUUUAGAUUUUUGAAAUUUGAUUUCCGGUUUUAG